UCUCAAACUCUCUCCCUCCGGCGAGCACAUUGGCACCGAAGACCCGCUUUUUCUCCGGCUAAUACACCGGUGGGCAGCAAGCCACCAGACUAUAGAUCCAUAUAAAACCCCGAUUAUUUGUUAUCACAGAUCGAGAUAACACAUUAAUGUGAUAGCCAAAAUAGGACAGUAGAUCGUUCGAAGACAUCAAGAAAGGUGAUUAAGGUUAGAUGUACAUGACGAAGGUUAGGCCAGGCAAGUGCUAUUUCACACUUCAUUUGGUUUCAUUCCUCCGAAGAUCAGAGGAUUUUACAUUUCGUUCAUGGUGAUCCGACUUUCUUGUCAUCAGUAUGAGCCAGAGGGUAUAAUCAGAUGAUGCAUUCCAUGACCUCUACAAAACGCCCGUUCACAUCCACCCAAUUUGGUUGUCUCGCCCUCUCCUUGCUUCUCCUAGCUUCAACCUUCAUCUACAUUUAUAGCUCAUUCCUCUCUGGUUUCUCAACCAAAUUUCCCAAUAACCCUCAGAUUCUCAGUAAAUAUCGUGAUUCCCACUUUCGACAACCUUCUAAUGCCACCAAUAAUAAGAUUCACAUUCUUUCCUGCGAUUACCAGAGAGGUAAAUGGGUUUAUGAUCCAGACAGGGUGCCCAGAUACGGGAAAGACUGCCCCUUCCACCGAAGUGCUUGGAAUUGCAUCAAGAAUGGGAGAGAAGACAUGGAUAGGAUCAAUUCGUGGAGGUGGGUGCCUUGGGAUUGCAAUCUGCCGGGCAUUAAUCCUGAGGAUUUUCUGAAUUUGAUGAAGGACAGGAGAAUUGGUUUCAUAGGGGACUCACUGAACGAGAAUUUCUUGGUCGCACUCCUUUGUACGCUCCAUGUGGCAGACAGGGGAGCUAAGAAAUGGAAAAGGAAAGGGGCUUGGAGGGGAGGAUAUUUCCCCAAGUACAAUGUGACCGUGGGAUACCAUCGUGCUGUUUUGCUUGCAAGAUAUGAGUGGCAGUCAUCAAGAACUUCGAACCCUCCUGUACAAGAUGGAUUGAUGGGGUUCUACAAAGUGGAUGUGGACACUCCUGCUGAUGAUUGGAUAAAUGUGCCAAAAUUCUAUGAUGUCCUGGUGUUUAAUACUGGCCAUUGGUGGGGAAAGGACAAAUUUCCAGAUGACAAACCACUCAUAUUUUACAAAAAAGGUGACCAGAUACUUCCACACCUUAAUAUAAGAGAUGGGCUCGAGGAAGUUCUCAAAAAUAUGAUUCCUUACAUUCAAAGAGAAGUUCCUAAAAGGGUCCUCAAGUUUUGGCGCACACAGUCUCCAAGACAUUUUUAUGGUGGUGAAUGGAACAAAAAUGGUAGUUGUUUACUCAAGAAUCCUCUUGGCGAGGACCAGAUUGAAGCUUGGUUCAAUCCAAAGAAUAAUGGGGUGAACAGAGAAGCAAGAGAAGUGAAUUCUAUUAUCAGGCAGAGUUUGCUAGACUCAAAUAUCCGCUUGCUUGAUCUGACUCAUUUGAGUGAGUUCAGAGCAGAUGCUCAUCCCGCAAUUUGGUUGGGAAGACAAGAUGCAGUGUCCAUAUGGGGUCAGGAUUGCAUGCACUGGUGCUUGCCUGGAGUUCCGGACACAUGGGUUGAUAUUCUCGCAGCACUGAUUAAGGACAGUUUUGAGAAGGGGUGAUAUAUCUCUACCUUCUGUUGGUGGAUUACUGUCAUCCCUAUGUAGUGGAGAAGCAAAGCGAGUCAUCCAGUUUUCAACCCUCAAGCAACUUCCAGCUACCUAAGAUGCUAAUAAUUUUGUUUUAUUGUAUUUCAUUUUUUUGGAUUUACCAUCUUGUCAGGGUUGAAAGUUGCCUGUUAGUUUGAAAAGCUCAAAAGAAGAUGACUGUCAUAGUUACUACUUCAGCCAUUGGGGAUGAUUGAGGGUAUGAAUCUGUCAAUACUUUCAUCAAAGAGGCAGUUCACCUUAAGUUGAGGAUGGAUUUGGCAAGAAUCACGUGGCUAUGGCAGGAAGCCAGUGUUUGUUGAAGUUGAGCUUCUGAUAGCUUGCUCGCUCCAGCUUAGUCGUUGCUAGAAAUUAAGAAUUAUUUUUAGUCA